AUGUCAUUCAAGUGUUCCAUGUCCAACUACCUGCUGCACGAGGACAACUCGACCGAGCUUGUGCUGAAUACCAUUCGGCAGAUCAGUAAGCAGUACCAGCCGGUGCACGUGCGGUUAUGCAUCACGCUUUGCACGUUCGGCACGUGCACAAACGUGCUCAACUUCCUCGUCCUUACUCGUCCGCACAUGCGAACGUCGUGCAACAUGAUGCUGGCCAUAAUCGCCCUUCUGGAUAUGAGUCUCAUGCUGUUGUACAUGGUGUACAUAAUCCAUUUUAACGUCGCCAGUGCCGAGCAGUGCGAGCAGCUGACGUACACAUACGGCUGGACCCUGUUCCUGUUGAUACACGCAUUAGUGAGUAUUGUUCUGCACACGACCAGCUUAUGGCUGACAGCUCUGCUAGCAUUGGUUCGCCUUGUGGUGCUGAGAAACAAUCAGGUGACCAGCCGACUACUGUCCAUCGCAUUCGUAUUCAAACUGUUCUUCUGGGUGUCCGGCAUCAUCAUAUUGUUCGCUCUGCCGUCGACACUGGCGUUUGGCGUGGAGGCGAUCGACUGUCUGCUGCUGAAAGUCACUUUCUGGGUGAAUGGCUUGAUCUUCAAGGUCGUACCUUGCAUCGUGUUGCUUUUCUCGAUCAUCGGACUGGUCAGAACAUUGGGUGAGGCGAAGGCGAGGAGCGAACGCAUUGGCGGACUGAGGAAACGGCGAUCGGCCAAGUACUUCAGCCAGUCGACCACAAAGAUGCUCGUCGCCGUCGUGUCCAUAUUCCUGAUCACCGAGUUGCCACAAGCGGUGCUGGCAACACUGAGCGCCAUCUACCCUGGCGAGGUGUACAACAAGAUCUACCCGAUGCUAGGCGACCUGCUCGACCUGCUGUCGUUGAUCAACAGCAGCACGAACUUCAUCCUCUACUGCAUUAUGAGCAGUCAGUUCAGGGACACGUUCGAGCGGAUGUUCUUGCCUAGCUUUCUGCGCUGCUGCCGCAAGAAAUACUCAUCGAUUCUACGAUCGGAAGGGUGCUACCGGCUUUGUCGUCGAAUGCGUGCGCCUAAUGUUCGUGAAGUAUAG